UGUGACUACAAUUAUUGAAGUGCUGCCAGAUGGUCUCAGUGCUGGAGGAGAGAGUGCAGUUACGAGGCUGAGAGAACGACGAGACUAACUGGGAAACCCUCCUUAAGGAACCAUGACCACCCGGUGCAGCAUCCAGCUAUUACUCGUGAUUUACUUCAACAACGUGGUGAUACAACAUGGAGGAGAGGCAACAAAUUGUGGGAAAGGAUUUUACCUUGGAGCAAACAGAACUUGUGUUGAUGACAAUGAGUGUGGUGAAACCGAAGCUGAAUCAUGGGCCCUGUGCGGUACCAACACAGAAUGUCACGAUACCCUCGGGAGUUUCUACUGUACCUGCAAGAAAGGAUACGCCAGUGAAUCAGGAGUAACUAACUUUACCACCAUGACACACUGCCGAGAACAAAAUGAAUGUUACCAAAUGCCACCAGUGUGUGGCCCCAAUACAAUAUGUUAUAACACAGUGGGAAGUUUCUACUGUCUGUGCAAGAAAGGAUUCAUCACGGCUUCAGGACUAACUAACUUUACAGCUGGUUAUGGAGGGUGUUUCGAUAUCGAUGAAUGUGAAACAGACCCGUGUGGUUCAAAUGCAACAUGUGCCAACAGCAUUGGUGAUUUUGAGUGCACCUGUAAUAAAGGAUUUGCCUCAACCACUGGAGAACAUGUCUUUACUGAUAAAACAGUCACGCAGUGCCAAGAUAUUGAUGAGUGUGAGACAGACUCGUGUGGUUCAAAUGCAACAUGCACCAACACAAUUGGAAACUUCAUUUGCACCUGUAAUGAAGGAUUUGUCUCAACCCCUGGAGGACGUAUCUUUGGGAAUAAAACUGUCACACAGCGCUGCAUUGCAGAUAUGUGUAAGGAUGCAGUGGGCGCAUGUGGCCCCAAUGCUAAGUGUUCAAUGACAAUGGGACAGGCCAAUUGUAGCUGCAAAAUAGGCUUUACGUCAACCACAGGGGAAUCUACCUUUACCGAUAAAGCAAAGACGCAGUGUAAAGAUAAAGACGAGUGCCAGGACACAGUGGCAGCUUGUGGGCAUAACGCCAGCUGUAACAACACAAUGGGAGGUUUCAAUUGUACCUGUGAUGCAGGCUUUGCCUCAUCCAUUGAAGGAUCUAACAGAGCGAUUAACUGUCAAGACCUGAAGUUGCUUCGGCCGAGAUCUUCAUCUCUCCAGGAUAUCGAUUUGUUUACCAAUCAGUAUCUCUCAGGCCUUUCGAAGAUCGAGGACAGACAUUCAAAAAUGUUCCGCAAACUGGUUUCCAACUACCUCGAGCAGAUGGAGAAACACACCCUCGCACUUGCCAACACUUUAGGUCAUGAAGAGAUGAAGAACUUCUCAACUAAUGGGUUCGACGUCAACAUGCAAGCUAUCCGGAACAACACGAUCCCAGAGGGCGGAAGGACAAAGUUAUCCACUCCCAAUGCCAGCAUGGAUAUUAGCUGGAACAAUGUGGCAGGGAAGGAGAAGUUUGAUGUUGCUGCCGCUGCCUUUAUUUCAUACAAAGAGCUGGACUCCCUGAUGAAAGACAACAUGAUGGACAGUGGCGAGAAGCUCGAGCUGAUCUCCAAAGUUGUCACUGCGGCAGUAACCAAUAAGGUCAAGGAGAACCCCAAUGAUUCAGUCAUCCUGACCUUUGAAAACACGAAGCACUCUAACAAGAAGGUGAAGUGCGUCUACUGGGACAGCUCAGCGGCUGCCUGGUCCGUCCAGGGCUGCAGAUUGAGGGAUUCCAACGUCACAUUCACCGUCUGCAGCUGUACACAUCUAUCGAGCUUUGCUGUGCUCAUGGCCCUGCACGAUAUUGGGGAGAUUCACAGUUUCAAUCUACACGUGAUCACCACAGUCGGCAUCAUUUUAUCACUCGUGUGCCUCUUCAUUUCGAUCCUCACAUUCAUCUUGUGUCGCUCCAUCAAGAGUGUGAGGACCACUAUUCACACCCACCUCUGUGUGAGCCUGUUCCUGGCAGAGUUACUGUUCCUCGUUGGGAUACCUCGGACUGAAAACAAGACCAGUUGUGCUGUCAUCGCUGGACUCCUGCAUUACCUGUUCCUGGCCUGUUUCUCUUGGAUGCUCCUGGAAGGUAUCCAGCUCUACCUCAUGGUGGUGAAGGUGUUCAAUGCAAACAGCAUGCGCCUGAGGUACAUGUGCCUGUUUGGCUACGGCUUUCCCCUGCUGGUGGUCACCAUCUCAGCCGCUGUGUACUCUGAAGGAUACGGGACAGACAAAUAUUGCUGGUUGAGUCUGGAGACAGGCUUUUUGUGGGCUUUCAUCGCUCCGGUCUGUGUCAUUAUUCUGGUUAACGCAGGAUUCUUUAUCCUUACCGUAAUGCGGCUCGUCAAUAAGUUUUCCAGCCUUAAUCCCGAUAUGAGCGAGUUGAAGAAAGUCAGGGCCUUCACGUUCACGGCCAUCGCUCAGCUCUGCCUCCUGGGAUGUACCUGGAUAUUCGGAAUGCUGCAUUUCCAGGAGAACACCAUUGUCAUGGCCUACAUCUUCACUGUCAUCAAUAGCCUGCAAGGAGCAUUCAUCUUCAUCCUGCACUGUCUCUUCAACAAGCAGGUGAGGGAUGAAUACAGCAAGGCCUUCAUCAGAGUUUGCCAAAUGAAGAAAGCAUCUAAAUACUCUGAGUUUUCAACCUUUUCCACCCAGGGUUUGAAAAGCACGAACGAAACAGGAAUGUGAUGGGGAGAACACGUGGUCGCACACUGAGCUAGCAGGACAGCUGCUUACUUUGGUGCAAUCGAGAGACAGUGAGAGAGAGAGACAUUGCACUGACUGACUCUGCCUGGAACUGACAGCGUCUGACUUGUCCCACUCCUGCUGCCCCAGUUUUCCCACAGCCUCUCUGUUUCAACGCGGUACGAACUUUCAAUGGAAGAGAGUCCAAUGGAGUUUGGGAUGGGGGGGUGGGGGGGUGCCAUUCCUAAAUUCCAAAAUGUUCUCACCCACUUGGGUGCAUUUGCUUCCAUGAGCAUCUUUCGCAAUGGGCUUGUACAACUCUGAGGAUUUGGGCAUCAGUGCACAAUAAUGAUGCUGUGGUGGUUAUACACCAUCUUCUCCCCUUGAGCACCUGGGAUCAAAUGGAUCUCCCAGGUAGUGAAAGGGCUUUUUGUCCCCUGGGCUGCUGUGUUAAAGGUCGCAUGUGAAAUGUGCCUGGUGGGGGGUAUCUUCAAUCUCGUUCGCACUCCAAUUGCCCCAACGAUAAUUGUCCCACUGAUCCGUCACACCAUGGAUUUCAGGAGCGUUGUUGGGUGAAGGAAGUUUUGCCAAAAGCAGAGCUCUGUCUGAUCCUGGGCACGAUUGUGGUGCGGGCUAUGAAAUCAGACAGGGCCCCACACCGAGAGGAAAAAAAUCUACCCUGGGUUCGACUCAAGCCAAGUCUCUUCAGUUUCCCGAUUUCGCUGCAGUGCACCUUUGGAAUUGAGCCUGAAAUCAGCUGGGGAAUCACGGAAUCAGUGCCAACCCAGCUCGCUGGAAGCUUGGCAAAUCCUGUACCAGCUGAGUCUGGUGCCAGGGCCAGGCAGGGUAUAGCCUGAGGUUUUCAAACCCAAUCAAACCCUUUCAUUUGCUUCGUGAGCUUUUCGAUAUUGGCUGAGGAAGUGCCUUCAGGUUUAUUUGUUUCCAUAAAGCUCUUUUUUUUUUGUUUGGC